AGGAUUUCUGAGCAGUGUGUUUGUGUGUGUGCGUGCGUGAAUUUGUGUGCGUGUGUGCGUGUGCGUGCAUUUGCGUAUGUGUGCGCAUGUGUGUGUGUGCAUGUAUGUGUAUGUAUACAUGUGUUCGUGUGUAUGUGUGCGCAUGUGUGUUUGUGUGUUUGUGUGUGUAUGUGCGUGUAUGUGUGUCUGCGUGUGUGUGUGUGUGCGUGUGUGUGUCUGUGUGUGUGCGUGUGUUUGUUUGUAUUUUUCAGGUGUUCUGAGCCAGAGGGAAUGGGGAGUGACUUACACCGCUGAGAGAAUCUGUGCGUUAAAGGGGUCUUCAGUAGACAUGAGCUGCACUUACUCAUAUCCCACAUCUCGCACAGUGCAGCAAACAUUCUGGUUUAUUCACUGGAACAAGCCACAGGAGCCUGAGGACCUGUCCCAGGACCCAGAGUACUCUCACCGUGUGGAGUACCUGGGGAAUCAGAGCAGUGACUGCACUUUUAGAAUAAACCAACUGAGAGUAACUGAUUCAAAAACAUACCGAUUCAGGUUCCUGACUGACUGUGAUGGCGGAAAAUUUGCUGGAGAACCUGGGGUCACAUUGGCAGUUACAGGUCUACAGGUGAUGGUGAAUCCUGACUCAGUGAAAGAGGGACAGAGUGUGAUACUGACCUGUAGCACCACCUGCACUCUGACUGGCAGCCCAGCCUUCAUCUGGUACAGGGACGGAUCUCCUCUGUCCUUCACUGGUCAGAGUCACCAGUUCACAGCCAGCAGUGAAGACCGAGGCCGCUACUCCUGUGCUGUGAAAGGCUAUGAGCUUCAGUCCCCUGCAGUGGCUCUUAAUGUGAGAUAUCCUCCGAAGAGCAUCUCAGUAUCAGUGAGCCCCUCUGGUGAAAUAGUGGAGGGCACUUCAGUGACUCUGACCUGCAGCAGUGAUGCCAACCCCCCAGUGCAGAACUACACCUGGUAUAAGAAGAAUGACACUGGAGUCUGGCAGGCAGGAUCUGGACAGAGUUUAAACUUUUCUGAGUUUAGAUCCUGGAACAGAGGACAGUACUACUGUGAGGCACAGAACAGACUUGGAGCUCAGAAUGCUUCUGCUCUACUGGUCACAGUGCAAGGAGGUCAGUCACUGAUCGCGGGUGCAGCUGUGGGAGUGGCUGCCAUUUUGGCUCUUGUGUUUCUGGGUGUUGUGUGCAUGAGGUACGUGGUUGUAAAUGAGUCGGCUUGUAGUCACUCAAUUGUAAAUCAUUUCUGAUUAGACUCACAGUUUAAAACAAAUGCACAUCUCUGUAAAAUGUUGUUGCUGUGCACUAACUGCGUUACAUCAUGCUGAUGCCAUAUCCCCCCUCUAAUGUCUGAUUAGUGCUUAGACUGUCAUUAUUAGUCAUUUUGUUUUAUUUUGAAGUAAACUUUUCAUAAGCCUUGACUGAUGCAUUUUAGUGUCUCAAUAAGUUUAACAAACCUUUAUGAUAAGCUUGUUCUUAAUAUGAAUCAUGUGGACAGUUACAGGCCAUAAUGAAGUCUUGACAAAAGCAUCAAUUUGCCCUUGAGCUCCAGUGUUGGUUUGAAUAAAGCUGAACUACAUUUACUGGGCAGGAAGAAGCCUCUCAUAACUCAGGCUCAUUUCCUGUGACCAAAUGACAUCUGAAUAAUAAAAAAAAUAUACACAUAAAUGGGCACUAUUGCCUCAGCAAUACACAUCAUUCAAACAAAUGCAAAUUGUUGUUUGCACAAGAGGGGACUCUUUAAAUAUUUGUCUGAAAGUAGAUUUACUUUUUUAUUUUCAUUAUUUUUUUCUGAAUAAUCAGGAGGAGAAAAUCAAGAAAUGAGA